AUGACCCUAAAUGAGGAGCUUCCAGUCUCAGAGGAGCAGAACUUCACUAGUUCUGCUGGUUCUCUGAACUUCACCGACCAGCUGAGGAAGAUCUCUAAAGACGCGGGGAUGCCGGUCCAGGGCCAGCCCUGCUUCUGCAAGUACGCGCAGGGGGCCGACAGCGUGGAGCCCAUGUUCAGGCACCUGAAGAACUCCUAUGCCGGCCUGCAGCUCAUCAUCGUCAUCCUGCCGGGGAAGACGCCCGUCUACGCUGAGGUGAAGCGGGUCGGGGACACCCUUCUGGGAAUGGCCACUCAGUGCGUUCAGGUGAAGAACGUGGUCAAGACGUCCCCCCAGACACUGUCCAACCUCUGCCUGAAGAUCAACGUCAAGCUGGGAGGCAUCAACAACAUCCUGGUGCCACACCAGAGGCCGUCGGUGUUCCAGCAGCCCAUCAUCUUCCUGGGGGCUGAUGUCACCCACCCCCCAGCUGGAGACGGCAAGAAGCCGUCCAUCGCAGCGGUGGUGGGCAGCAUGGACGCCCACCCCAGCAGGUACUGCGCCACCGUGCGGGUCCAGAGGCCCCGGCAGGAGGUCAUCCAGGACCUGGCCUCCAUGGUGCGAGAGCUCCUGAUCCAGUUCUACAAGUCGACCCGCUACAAGCCCACCAGGAUCAUUUUCUACCGGGACGGCGUGUCCGAGGGCCAGUUCAGACAGGUGCUGUGCUACGAGCUGCUGGCUGUGCGGGAGGCCUGCAUCAGCCUGGAGAAGGAGUACCAGCCGGGGAUCACCUACAUCGUGGUGCAGAAGCGCCAUCACACUCGACUCUUCUGUGCGGACCGGAGCGAGCGGGUGGGACGCAGCGGGAACAUCCCGGCCGGCACCACGGUGGACACAGACAUCACACACCCCUACGAGUUCGACUUCUACCUGUGCAGCCACGCCGGGAUCCAGGGAACCAGCCGGCCCUCCCACUACCACGUCCUGUGGGACGACAACUGCUUCUCUGCGGACGACUUCCAGCUGCUGACCUACCAGCUGUGCCACACCUACGUGCGCUGCACACGCUCCGUCUCCAUCCCCGCCCCCGCCUACUACGCCCACCUGGUGGCCUUCAGGGCCCGCUACCACCUGGUGGACAAGGAGCACGACAGUGCUGAGGGCAGCCAGAUCUCUGGGCAGAGCAACGGCCGAGACCCCCAGUCGCUGGCCAAGGCCGUCCAGAUCCACCAGGACGCCCUUAGGACCAUGUACUUCGCCUGA